GGCGCUGCAUUCGUGCGAUCUGAGAUGGCGUCCUUGGCGAACGGAGGACCUUCUCGAGUCUUCAAAACAUUUCGAUUUUUCCCCGCGUUACGCCUUCCAUUCCAAUCAUGUCCGCAUUUCCAGCAGCUACAUCGUACAGCGCUACUAUCUGGUAUCAAGGGCAACGAACUACGUAUGCCGGCCUUGUCUCCUACUAUGACCGAAGGCACGAUCAUUCGCUGGCUCAAGAAAGAAGGGGACGAAAUUCAACCGGGAGAUGCCCUCUGCGAGAUUCAGACCGACAAAGCUGUGGUUGCGUUCGAAACGGAAGAAACUGGAAUACUCGCAAAAAUACUCAAGACAGAAAACUCUGGCACCCUCCCAAUCAAUACUUUAAUCGGGUUGACGGUUGAUGAAGGAGCUGACUGGAAGGACGUUGAUGUACCGGCCGAUACAUCAGCUCCUCCCGCAUCUGCGGAGUCGGCAUCUACGCCCGCACCCGCUAAACCUGCAUCUAUGCCCGCACCUCAGGUAGCAGCGCAAGCAGAACAUGCACGGACCGACAUGAUGGGCCCCGCAGUGAAGAAUCUCCUACACAUGUACGGGCUCAGUGUGGACGACAUACCGGCGACCGGACCUCAUCACGUACUGCUCAAAGGUGACGUAAUGAAGUACGUGCAGGAAAAGAACAUCCCCAAGGUGUCGGCUCCGAUUCAAAAGCCGUCCGUAGCACCACCGCCGCCUCCUCCGUCAAAGCCCAUGGAUCGAUCUGGUGCUUACGAAGACAUACCACUCACGAACAUGCGACGAGCAAUAGCAAAGAGACUAAGCCUAUCAAAAUCAACAAUCCCUCACAGCUACAUGGCUGUCGAAUGCAACAUCAACGAAACCAUGGCGACCCGCAAGAAAUUUGCAGCCGACGGCGUCAAAGUCUCGCUCAACGACUUCAUAAUCAAAGCCGCAGCCGUCGCGCUGAGGAGGGUCCCGGAUAUGAACGCGGCUUUGAAGAACGAAUCCCCGGUACGUCUCCCCAACGUCGACGUCUCGGUCGCAGUCGCCACGGACUCUGGACUGAUCACUCCGAUCGUCAAGAAUGCCGACUCCCUGGGCAUCCAGGACAUUUCGAAGACCAUCAAAGAACUCGCCACCAGGGCCAAGGCUGGAAAAUUAAAGCCCGCAGAAUUCGAAGGCGGCUCUUUCGCGGUAUCGAAUCUGGGGAUGUUCGGAAUAUCUGCCUUCACGGCCGUGAUCAACCCUCCGCAAGCAUCUAUUAUGGCCGUCGGAGGAUCCAGGCUUGUUCCGGAUGUCAGCGGCGGAGGGCCGAAGAGCAUAAUGACCGCUACGGUGUCCUACGACCCCAGGGUCUGCACGGAAGAAGUCGUCGCGACAUUUCUGGCUGCGUUCAGGGAACACCUCGAAAAUCCGUUGCACAUGUUGGGACUUUCGGCGCCACAUUUGGGAAAAGACGAUGUGCCGGUGUAGAUAUUUUACGCUUUGUAGGUUAGAAAUUUGUGACAGAAUGAUUAAAUUAAAAAGAGAGUCGGGUGGGUACGUACA